AUGGGUUUGUGUUUCCCUCCUAAGACAGCUUGGGCACCUCUUUAUUUCUUAUUCCAUGCUUUACUCAUUCUCAGUACUAUCGCCCCAGUUAACUCCAACACAGAAGCUGAAGCUAAUUACAUAAAGAUGAUAUAUUGGACUUCACCACCACCAAUAUUGAAAAUUGGAAUUCCAAUCAGGACCUUUUCUGACCGGUUUGUGAGGAUACAAACAUCCAUCAACAACCCAGAUGAGAAGACAUAUGCUGGUUUUAGCAUCGAUUUGUUUGUGGAGGUGAUGAAGACUUUGAGUUUUCAUCUACCCUACCAGUUUGUUGAGUUCGAUGGCACCUACGAUGAUUUACUUACUUGUGUCGCCAACCAGACUUUUGAUGCUGCGGUGGGUGAUAUAACGAUAACAGCGGACCGUUCAAGGGUUGUGGAUUUUACUUUACCAUAUACUGAGCAAGGUCGUCGUCUAUUGCUGAUGGUUUCAGUGAACCCCCAACCUCCCAACUUAUGCUUGUUUUUGAAGCCAUUCACCGUGCAAUUGUGGUUUGCGGUCUGGAGCAGUUUGAUAUACACAAUGUUCAUAGUUUGGUUUUUUGAGCAUCCCUCCAAUCCUGAAUUCCACGGUCGUUGGAUCACCUUCUCUUCACUUUUCUUUGCUCACAAGGGAAGGAUUCAAAGCAACUAUACUCGGGUGGUGGUGGUGGUGUGGCUUAUUGUGGUGGUGAUCUUAAUACAAAGCUACGUUGCCAGCCUCACUUCAAUGCUCACCGUCACAAGGCUUCACUCAGUACUGGAGAAGAAUAGUAAAACAAAGUACUUGGACGGUGAAUUUCAUUUUAAGGAGUUGUACAACAGCAGGGAAGACAUUGCCACCGAAUCUCACUACGUCGACGCUUUCAAGAGUGGCAAAAUCUCAGCCGCAUUUCUCGAAGUCCCUUAUGCAAAAGCUAUUGACAGCCACUACUGCAAUCAACUUGUGGUCACACAACCAAUGCGUGAAUUCGGAGGAUUUGGCUUUGUAUUCCAAAAAGGUUCUCCGAUUGUUCACAAUAUCUCUACAGCCAUUCUAAGCCUAAUGCAGGACGGCACACUCAAAAAAUUGGAAGAUGAGUACUUCACUCCCUCCUCGGAUUGUUCUAACUUCCAAACUGCCAAAAACAACAGUCGCCUGAGCCUCCAGCACUUCCGGGGUCUAUUCAUAUUUUACCUAGCCAUUUCCACCAUUUGUAUACUAUUAUUUGUAAAGCAACACCGCCGUGAAGUACUUCAAGAAGGCAACAUCACGCCAACUCCGGUAAGUGCUUGGAAAAAAUAACAUUGCAGAUUCAAGAUAUCCUGACAGGGCCCCAAUCUCAGGUCAUGCGCCAAAUUAUCUUGAAAUGCAUUAAUUAAGCACAAUACCUAGUUAUGUUGUUUAUCUAGAUAUAAAAAUAAGAAGAAUGCGACUAACUGUUUUUCUGUACAUUAGCUAAUAUGUUUGUAAGCACAAAUUUCCUGUCUGAAUUCGAUCCUUCGUAUCCGGAAGAGGGAUUUAUAAUUAAACACAACACCUAGUUAUGUUGUUUAUCUAGAUAUAGAAAUAAGAAGAAUGUGAAGAACACUCUGUUUUUUUCUGUA